AUGGUAUUGAAUGAUUAUAACCCACUUAAUGAUACCAUUAACGUACUUCAAACGAUAUUUGUUACGGUAAUCGUAGUUGGCCUGUUUAGAUCUUUUGAAAAAGAUAAACAAAAAGACAUUUCUUUUAUAAAUAUAUUUGAUGAUUUGAUUAUUUUUUCAUCUGUUGUCACAUAUCCUCUUAUUAAUGGACUUCAAUGGUUUUCGUAUUAUACCGAGAAUAACAAACAUAAAUUUGUUACAACGUUAUAUAUCAUUAUUCCAGUCUGGAUAAUUUACUACGUUUUAUGGUUAGCUGCUAUAAAUGUAGAAAUAAAGACAAUUAAUGACGAUAUCGACAUCCUACUAAAGGAUCAGAAAAGUCAAAUAAUUGAGAACUAUGAAGAUAAGGUUGAAGGUGAUGAAGCAAUUAAAAUUAACGAUAAAAAGAAUGUUAAAGAUUACUCACUUAAAGUUAAAGCGCAAUUUAUAAUACAACGAUUUUAUCAAACAUUGAAAAUCAAUAGCAAAGAUAAAUUUAUAAUAUUUCAUACGUGUUUGAAAAAAAUUUUCUGCUACAUGGAAAUUUAUUUUAUGAUUUUUUUUAUUGGCUUUCAAUAUCAAAUGAUUAUUUAUGGUGAUAUUGAUAACUCUCAUUUCUCUCUUACUUACGUUAGUGGAUAUUGUGCUGAAAACUUUGGUGUCAACAAAUGCAGAAAUUUGAAUAUAACUUUGGUAAUAGUGCAAUACAUCUGCAUAAUAAUUCUAGCCUUUGACCUUGUUUAUCAUUCGUUUUAUCUUUUUUUCACUUCUUCAAAUUCUAAAUUAUCUGAAAAACUUCUUACAUAUUAUCAAAAAAAUAACAAUUGGCUUAACAAGCAUUAUUAUUUUAAUCGGUUUAUUGUUGGUUUUAAUCACAUUGUUAUAAUUGCUGUUAUAACAUGUCCAGCAGUAAUAUCAGGAUUUUUACUUAGCACUAAUUCUUAUACCACAAAAAUAGCCUUCGCACUUUACAGUUUAUCACUUGCCAGAUUACUUGAUCAUUUUGGUGAUACUGAACCAAAAAAAGUUAAGACAAUGAUUUCCUUUUAUCUGAAUUGGCACGCAAGGAUGAUUAAAAACGAUGAAGUUGAAAAAAUUAAGAACAAACUAGAAAAACAAACCAAAAAACUAAACAAAAUAACUCAUCGAUGUUCAGAUGCAAAUAUCAAGAAGGAAGUAAAUGACAUAAGAGGUGCACUAGAAAAUCAAAAAGAAGACUUGGCUGAUAUAAUUCUAAAUUAUGAUGUGAAUAAAAUAAACGACAUAAUAAUGACAAUAAAUUUAUCUCUAUUAUGUCUAAUAGAAAAGAUGACGAUAUUAAAUUAUAAUUUGAGACAAGCUCAAAAUAGUGAAGCGGUGAAAAUACAAAGUAGCGAAACGAAAAAAAAUAAUGAAAUAAAAGCACGAGAUAAGAACUUGAUAAUUAUAGAUUUGGCUAUCGUAAGGAAAAAAAUAAUUAUGGUAUUUGUUUCGCUGCAAGAUUUUUAUAAAAAGAUAAAUUUAGAUAAUAAACCUGAUAAAGAUCUAAAAACUGAACAAAUAAUGAUUAAUAUCGAAAAAAAUUCAACUAAAACCAAAAUUGAAAUAAAGGAAGAAAUAUUAAAUUUACUGGAAGAUUUUAAAGAUUUCGGUGAUAAUGAGGACGAUGAACAAGUCAAGGAAAUUUCGGCAUAA